ACCAACAACAGCCAACUAGGAGUAUUCAGCUCACAAGAAACUUAAAAUUAAAGAAGCAUGAUCCACAUUCCAAUUCAUUUCUUGUUCAAACAAUUAUAAACUAAUUAACCCCAAAACUCACACUAAAUUUGCCUUAACCAAAUUAUCUACACCCUUAAAAAUCACACUAAAAUCACAGUAGUUCAAGAAAACAACCCAAAAUCAAAGCAAAUGCCACUUUUCUCACACCGCCAUUCUUCUUCUUCUUCGUCUUCUCCAUCACUCCCAACCUCAAAUUCCAAAACCUAUAAACCCCCAAAACCCAAUUUUACCAAUUUCUCCUCUUCUCGCUACCCUUUGCCUUUCAUUGUUUUUUCACUUAUUUGUCUUCUCAUAGGCAUUUCCGGCUCUAUUUUCGCCAUCUCCGCAAUCCGCCGGACCCGUACUGUACCCGUUUACCGUUGCGGCAGAUCCGAAGAUACUUUCCGGGCAUUCUACUCAAAUUCGGGUUCUCAUCGUGAUAAUAGUAAUAAUGGGGCAGUAAUUGAUCGGCCUAAGCUUCUCGGGUUUGUCGGAAUUCAAACUGGUUUUGAUUCCGGUGAUCGGAGAGCUUCUCUUAGAAGCACUUGGUUCCCUUCUGACCCGGAUGGACUUUUGAGAUUGGAGCAAGCCACUGGCUUAGCAUUUAGGUUUGUGAUAGGUAGAUCAAAAGAUGCAAAAAAGAUGGCAGAACUUGAGAAAGAGAUUGAGAAAUACAGAGAUUUCAUGUUGAUAGAUGUUGAGGAAGAAUAUCUGAGGCUUCCAUACAAGACAUUGGCAUAUUUCAAGGCAGCUUAUAAGCUUUUUGAAGCAGACUACUAUGUCAAAGCUGACGACGACAUCUAUUUGCGUCCAGAUCGACUUUCAACUCUUCUUGCAAAAGAAAGAGCUCAUUCAUUUACUUAUAUUGGAUGCAUGAAGAAAGGACCGGUUAUUACCGAUACUAAGUUGAAGUGGUUUGAGAAAUCUGGGCAUCUGAUUGGAAGCGAGUACUUUUUGCAUGCUUAUGGCCCUAUAUAUGUUCUUUCUGCGGAUGUUGUGGCUUCAUUAGCAGCUUCUAGAAAUAACAGUUUGAGGAUGUUCAACAAUGAAGAUGUCACUAUUGGGUCAUGGAUGCUAGCUAUGAAUGUGCACCAUGAAGAUAACCGCGCAAUAUGUGAUCCUCGAUGUACACCGACAUCUAUAGCAGUUUGGGAUAUUCCUAAAUGUUCAGGUUUAUGCAAUUCAGCUAUCCGAAUGAAGGAGCUUCACCAGAUUGAUAUGUGCUCGAAAAGCCCCACAUUGCCGGCUGAUGAUAGAUAGUUUUCAUUUUGAUUUCAACUUCCAUUUUCCAUUACAUUGACACGGAAAAACAGUUACACGUUUCCCGAUCCUCUGUUUGAGCACACAUCAUCUACACUCCCGAAGCUGAUCUGGGAACAACUUCCGCAUUCUACCAUUCGAUUGUAGAUUAAAAAUUGUAACAUCCUAUAUUAAACGUUAGCAGUCGUGUAUAUUUUGAUUUUCAUUCAAGAUCAAUAUCAUUAUAUCAGCAUGAUUCAUA